AUGACAAAGCAGACUGGCGAUUCAACCUCGAUCAAACCAGCAAAUAAGCACCACAGGCAAGAUUGCUUCUUCAUCCAGGAACGGUGGAUCUUCUACUGCCAGAAGCAGUCCGCAGACGUCCCCGGAAGCCCUCGCCAAUCUGAGAAAAGUCGAAAGCCAGACCAAAUGCUCCGAGGAAAUCAUUCCUCAGAAGUCGGCAGUGGCUCAAAGACCGACGAACCUCUCCCAUCUCAAGAAAUCGAAACGAUGAAACAGCCUCCAUCGAUCUACACCCUCUCACGUACGAUCUACCAGUCACAUAACAGAAGCGUGCUGCCAUUAGGUCUCAGUAUCGGAACUUAA